GCGAGAGUUCUUCUGAAUCGCAUGACUAUCUACGUACUACGUACUACCCAGGGUAAUCUCUAAAAGCUCCAUAUCUCACCCCGCCUGGCGGACGGGUGAGGGAUCGGGACAUGGACUGAUGUGCCUGGUCGGCUACCCACGGAGGUCUACCUUACAGGGAGUCAGUGGACGCUUCAGUGGGCACCAUCUAUCCGUUAGCGCCUGAUUUCCCCACGAACCGACCCACUGGCAGCUGGCUGGACUCCAGCCCCAACUUCAUGAUGCCAAUGCCAUUGUGACCCGGACUUGCAACGUCCACCACUGCUUGGUCCCAAUUGUAGUCCCAGUUCCCAGACGCACCCGCACGCGCGCGAUUGCUGAAUUGCCAUGCUGAGAUGAACAUCAUUGCCAGACCAGGGCCAAGGCUCUUCCGUCUCCCUCCCCUCCGUCGCAUCGCGCAGCCAUGGUCGUCCCCUCGAACGCUUGCGACGCACACCCGCGGCGGCAGCAGCCACAGCAGCACCGACUAUGAAGUCACAGACGCCGACAUCAGGACGCUCGCCAGCAAGCACCUCCAUCCGCUCAGUCUCGCGGAUCUCGUCAAACACGGCCGACCGCCGCUGUCCGAACAGUCCCUCCUCUCCUCCGCCAACUUCGCCCUGUCCCUCCUGCCCAUCCGUCUCGCGCAUCGUCUCCAAGCGCUGCGGAACCUCCCGUACAUUGUCGUCUCGAACCCGAACAUAUCAAAAAUCUACGAUACCUAUAUAAAGUCCCUCUCUAUCCUACUGCCGUACUGGCACAAUGCGGCCCAGGGUCGGCCCAUUGCCACGCUCGAAGAGGAGAUUCGCUUCACCAACACCCUCGCCCAGCUCGUCGCUCAGCACACCGACACCAUCCCCAUCCUCGCCCGGGGCUUCCUCGAAUGCAAGCGCUACAUAUCCCCCGCGGAAGUGACGCGUUUCCUCGACGAGCAUCUUCGCGCACGGAUCGGCACGCGGUUGGUGGCGGAGCAGCACAUCGCCCUACACUUCUCCUCGCAACCACACUGGGAUCCCGAGGCCAGCCCGACGCCGUGUCCCGAGUAUCCUUCGUUCGUAGGUGUCAUUGACACGGCUCUGCGGCCCGCCACCGUGGUCGAGUCGUGCGCUGGCUUUGUGGCGGAUAUUUGCGAGCUCCGCUACGGCGUGCGGCCUCUGCUGUACAUCGAUGGUCAGCCAGACGCCACCUUUGCCUCCGUGCCCAUGCACCUCGAAUACAUUGUGACGGAGAUGCUCAAGAAUGCUUUCCGGGCGACCAUUGAGAACAAGUCCAAGGAGCCGGUUGUUGUCACCAUUGCGCCCGAGCCACCGCUGCCGGAGACCGAAAUCCUCAACAUCAAGGGCCCCGACAAGGAGAUCGGGCCCUUUCGCAACGAUGCCAUCCGUCCGUUGGACGACAACGCGCCUGGUGUGACUAUCAGGAUACGAGAUCGAGGUGGUGGCAUACCACCGCAUGUGUUGCCGAACAUUUGGUCGUAUUCCUUCACCACAUUCUCCGACGAAGACGAGAUGCCUGGAUCCAGCGGCUCGGACGGCCUUCACGCGCUGUCGAAUGCUGGCUCGGGCGUCAGCUCCAUCGCUGGCUUGGGCUACGGACUGCCUCUAAGCAGAGCAUAUGCGGAAUAUUUUGGUGGCGGUAUCGCUGUAGAGAGCUUAUACAGAUGGGGCACCGAUGUCUACCUACGCCUCAAAGGGAUUGGAAAGAUCGACGACAAGAAAUAAUGUCCGACUCCAGAAACACAGAGUGGACCGAUGAUGGUAGAGCAAUGAGGUGCUGGGAAGCAGAUAUCUGUA